AUGUCACCUAGCACGAAGACUGAGGUAGCCACAAAUGGAGGAGAUCUUACUUCAUCGAAGAUAGAUGGUGUUAGACAACUUGAUGUUGUUCCUCGUGUGGUAACGUUUCUUUCCAGGGAAUUCUUCCCCGAACUUCAGCUCAACAAUAUUGCUGCAGGAACAUCAGAGGACACAAAAGCCGUUGUUGAAAGUGGUGCUGUUCCGAUAUUCAUCAAAAACUUCUCGGCUAUGCUAAUGAGGAUGUCCGCGAACUAG